CUAUGCUGUCUUCAAGCCCACCCCGUGUAUUUACAAGCCACUGAGUGUUUACCCAUGGUAUGUCAGCCGUAUAUGGGCAGCAGCAGAAGCGAGGUAAGAGUGAGAGAGGAAGCAGGCAGGAAGAGGAAGAGCAGAGAGAGCUACUGGCUAACAUCAGGCCUCUGGUAGAAGCAGCUGAGUCUAAGAGACUGUGGUGUGUGUAGGUUUUUCAGUUUUACAAGCCAAGGAUCAAAAGAAAAGCAGAAUGCAAAGUGCUAAUUUUGCUGUGCUUAGCUGAGAACACACUGCUUGAAACCAAGAAUAUUUUGCUGGAAGUUCAUCUCUGAAAUAGAAAGACCAAACGAAUAGCACUUACUUACGAGUUACCAAAGAGACAAUUAUACAUAGUAACAUCACAGAAACAACAAUGAGUAACUCAAAUUCUGCUGAUUUAGUUCAUACAGGAGGAAAACAAGGUGGGAAACCAAAACGAGGCAAGAAAUUAAAACCGCAAAAAGAAAGUGAGGGUGAAAGUUCUUCUGAGGAGCUUAGAACAGAGAGUCCGUCACAAGAUUCACCCAGAGAAGUCGUUCCAUAUGGUGAAUCAGAAGUUGUGUGCAGAGACGGGGAACCAGCAACUGCGUAUGAAAAUGUUCCCUGCCACCCACCUCACCACCCAAGAUGGUGGCUACCAGGCAUACGAAAAGAUGAUGAAUUCUUCCAUUUUGUCAUUCUUUGUUUUGCCAUUGGAACCUUGUUGGUUUGCUAUUACAGAUAUAAAGACUGGACAGUUUCCCUUGGUAUUGGUUUGAUGACCUUCGCAGGCUUAGAAACAACUGGAAUAUAUUUCGGUCUAGUGCACCGCAUUAGAAGUAUCCUGGAAAGUUUCAUCCCCCUGCUUCAGAGCGUCAGGACACCUGGUUUGAAAAAGAUUAACUAAAUCAGAGGUGUCAGCAGAGCUGGGUGGAUCCUGUUAAUAUUGACAAGAUGUUUACAGGGCUAUUACGGCCAAUGUAAAAUAACAUGUUAACUAUACAAAUGUGAAAUUUCCACAGUUGGAGAAAAGAAUCAUGCUUACAGUGAAUCCUUUGCUUCCUUGGUGUAUGUUGAGAGAUAUAUGUAAAAGUUGCCAGCCUUUUCGUAUUCAUUGGGUCUGUGGCUGUAUGCUGCAACCCCACUUUGUGAAGGAAUAUCAGCUAUUUCCACUCCGUCUUGUAUUCUACCAUGCACCAGGUCUCACCAACACUGAACAUUGCUGCUCUUAUCUAUGGCUGAAAUCACCUUCCCUACAGUUGGUCAGGACAAAAGACUGUGUAUAGCCCAUGGCUACGUCAUGGGAAAUGCUUUACAUAUUCCGUGAGCCAGCUCAUAUGAUGAGUAGUAUGUGAAAUAGCUUCAAGACACGUUUCUCAAGUCAUUUGUGAUUGUGUGGGAAAAGUUAGUUCACAUGGUAAUCACUGUGCAUGACCACAGCUGGCCUGUGGAACAACUUGGAAGUGGCCUCCAUGUGGCAGCCAUGAGCCAUUACUGUGGGACAGCUUCUAUUCAUUGUGGUGGAACUUCUACAGACGUCCUUGGCUGGUUCUUGCUCUUCAUUGUCCUAUCAUCCUGUCAUCCAUUUGCAGUCAUCCACACUGCAAGGCUUGCCAAUGUCGCAGGAACAAUACCCCAUUUCUCGCUAACACAUGGGAUAUGCUUUAGAAAAAAAUUAUGCUACGUAAUGCAAGCAAUGAGCAAUCCUAAUGCCCAUAUCUUGAGCAUUAUUUCAAAGGUGUAAUUCUGCGUGCAGUGUUUCCCCAUCUCUUCAAAGAGCAACCUUCUGUCGCUCCUGCCUUUAUCUGGAUCAUGGGGCAUCAAGCACAAUGCUAUGCAUUACAUUCAGGUGAGAAAUUUUACUGUACCUUUAUCAGGAUACUGUUUGUUUUGGUAAGGCAUGGUAAGAUAAGGUAACGAAAAGGCUGGGCAGUGUAAAUGUACAGUAGGGAACAAAGUCUUCAUUGUUUGAUGAAAGUAGUAAGAACUCUGAUGUGAACAUACCUGAUUUGCUUUAGUUCAUUAAUGUUUAAUACCUUUGGGCAGGUCUUAUUUUCCCUCUUGGCCAUUUGACCAAGAAUUCAGCUUCAAUACCUCUUCCAGUCUUCAAUCUUGACAACUUCAAAUUUUAAAAAACGGGCGUUUCGGGGGGGGGGGGACUGUGGCAAGGAAUUUUCUGAAAAGUGAAUACAAGCUCAAAUGGCAAAGUAAACUUGGAAGAUCUGGUAAUAUUGGUACUUCCAGUUUGUAAAAAAAAACCAACACAAAAUGUAGCUGAAACUCAUAAGCCCAUUGUUUUGAAAUAUUCCUACUAAAUCUGGGGAAAUAUUUUGAAAUGCCCUGUAUCAAACGCAUAGGGGAAGAGCAAGUAUUUUUUAAAUUAGGAGGUGGGAGCAAGUUCCUAACAUUCUUCUUAACUGUAUUAAUGUAAUUCAGCUAUUUCAUUAAUAACAAUUUAUUAAGAACAAUGGCUUAAAUGAUUGGAAUUUAUGUCACCUUUGCUUCAUUUCAUGCUGGCCUGAAUGAUGUCUGAAUUGUGUCCUUUAAAAAAUGCAUUGAUGCUGUGCUGUCACAUUGAUAUACAUAUGAAAGGCUACUGUUGAUGUUGAUAAGUUAGAUUUUCUGUUGUGUUGUUUGUGUGUGGUCCUACCUCUGCAAGUAUCAUAACUUCAUUUAGAAUCACAAAAGUCCAGUUGAGAAGUAAGGAUUGCUGUAGAUGCAGAAGGUCAGUGUAUCCAAAUGCACUUGAUGGCUACACACAUCUAGUCAGAUCGGGCACCACACUUUCAUGCGAGGCCCUGAAAUGUCAUUUGUAGAAGACAGCAGAAUAAUAUUUCAA